UGCCCAUCCGCUGCCCAAUACAAGUACAGCCAACUGAUGUUCUAAAUAGUCAACUACAUAUUCAUAAGGUCUGCAACGUUCCUGUCCAUUUUCAAAGGUGAUACUUUGGCGGAAUGAAUUUCCAUAACUUACAGCAUGUAACACUUUGGUUGUUUUGGUAGACGUGCAUAUGGUUGGGAGAAAUUUUCCGGCAAAUAAAUUCAGCUGGAACAAGACGCCGUAUAACAAAAGAUUAAAGUUUUUCAUUAAUAUUUUCCUUCAUGCGUGAUAUAUGAUUCGAUCACUCUCGGUGGCCUACACACUAUGCAACUCAUUAAACAAUACGUAUAGUCCCCUCCCCCAAGAUCCUUUGCCUUCCGACCUAUUCAGAAGCCUCGUGUUUGAUGUGCAGUCACGCUGGGCGCCAUGGCGGUAGGGACUGUUCUGGCGUGGACGUCACCAACGCUGCCCGAACUUCAGUCCGCGAACAGCACACUGCCCAUCACUCCAGAAGAGGGGUCGUGGAUUAGCUCCCUUGUGGCUGUGGGAGCGAUUGUGGGGGCCGUACCAGCAGGCUACUUCGCCGAACGAUUCGGACGCAAGCUCGUCAUAUUGGCACUGUCCGCACCGUUCCUCUUGAGCUGGGUUCUCAUAGUAGCAGCCAACUCUGUUGUACUCCUGUAUCUUGCCAGAUUCAUCGCCGGCAUCGCAACUGGCGCCGUCUCGGUAGUGGCCCCUAUGUUUAUCGGGGAGAUUGCUGAGAGUUCCAUCAGGGGCGCUCUGGGAUCUUUCUUCCAGGUCAUGCUAACUGUUGGGAUUCUUUACACGUACAUUAUCGGUGCUGUCGCUGGCUACACUUGGCUAGGAACACUUUCUGGAGCUAUCCCUGUGGCGUUAUUCAUAACGUUUUCAAGAGUACCAGAAUCACCAACCUAUCUCAUGAAGAAAUGUAGAACUGAGGAUGCUAAGAAGUCAUUGAAAUUCUACCGAGGUUCAUCUUACAACUUUUGGAAAGAGUUGCAAGAAUUAGAGAAAGACAUAAGCGAAUCUACACAAGAGAAAGCGUCCAUAAAGGAUUUAGUUUCUUCAAGAGGGACAAAGAAGGCACUGGUCAUUUCUUUAGGUCUUAUGGUCUUCCAACAACUUAGUGGUAUAAAUGCUGUGAUAUUUUACUCUGUCGACAUUUUUGAUGCUGCAGGAAGCACCCUGGAUCCAAAAGUUUCUGCAAUUAUUGUUGGGGUAGUUCAAGUAGUGGUCACAUAUGCCGCGAGCCUCAUGGUCGACCGCGCGGGACGCAGGGUAUUGCUGUUACUGUCCGCAAGUAUUAUGGGCCUGUGUCUCGCCAUUUUAGGUCUAUAUUUUUGCCUCAAGAACAAAGGCGAUGACGUGUCAGGCAUAGGUUGGCUUCCUCUGAUGUGCGUCACCAUUUUUAUCGUGAUGUUUUCUCUUGGAUUCGGACCAUUGCCAUGGAUGAUGAUGGGCGAAGUGUUUGCACCUAAUGUGAAAGGAGCAGCUAGCAGUAUAGCCGUCUGUACCAAUUGGACACUGGUGUUUCUAGUAACAUAUACUUUUGGGAAACUUGUUGAUGGGUUGGGAGAACAUACAACGUUUUGGUUAUUUGCUGUAAUUUGUGGCAUGGCAACGGUUUUUAUAUUUUGUUUAGUUCCAGAGACAAAAGGGAAGAGUCUGGCGGAGAUUCAACGCAUUUUGAACGGUAACAGCAACCCUAAAAAUAAUGAAAUUUUAUGAAGACUGAUUAAUAACUAAAAUAUUGAGAUGCCGCCUCACGCUGUGUUCCAAAACGACUAAUAAUCUACUUUAGAAAUAACUAAGAACGGUUCUCACGGCGGUAAAGACGUCGAUGUUAAUCUUGUGGGUAGUAAAGCCGUGUGGACGUUUCAGUGAGUAGCACUGCCUCCCCACAGAGUCUCACUAUACGAUAUUUGAGGUUCUAGCGGCGGUGAAGAUAUUGAUGAUAGUCUUCUGGGUAGUAACACCGGAUUAAGACACUUUUAUAUAACUUGUGGAUUAUGGGAAAAUAAGGGGGGAGAACAUUACAUUUGGAAACGUAUUGAAAAAGAUAAUGAAGACAUCAAUAACGAAGUUUGUGUCGGACUAUUAAUUACAGGGUACUGCAACCUCAAACACGAUCUUUAUCAAGGUUACAUAAACUAUGCUGCGCUGCGCUGUAGUACAUGAACAUAGUAGGAAAUAUGCAUACCAUAGCAAUAGCAAUAACAACAAAAACAUACAUAAGUAUUUCACAUAAGGACCAAAAUCCAUAAACAACAAAAAAUUAUGUUAAACAUUUAUCUAUUAUAGAGAUAAUCAUAAACCAUAAUCAUACGUUGUGUAACAAACAUAACGAGCGGAAGGAUAUUUUAUGAAUGAUAAAUUAAGAAAAUAGAGGGGGAAAGGCAGUCAGAUUUUGCACACAUGCCUUGGUUCCAAGUAUUUUCUAAACUCUACACUGCACCUUAUAUUUUUAAUUACAAUGUGGGGAGCGAAGGAUUCAAACUACAGUCUACUUUUAUACCUUCCUGCCAGCAUGAAUACACUCGUUAAAUCUACACUUUGUUAGAAAACUACAUUCCAUGCCAAAGUUAUUCCUAUGGGCUGUGAUGCCGUAGAUAAAUAAAAUAUUUCGGUGAAAUAAUUUCUUCGUUCUGAUGGCAGCCGUGGCAACGAAUACAGCACGUUUCUGAGAAACGUAGAUAACUAUGUACAAGUCCACACGGCCUCGAAAUCGACAAAUAAAAUGUCGACACCUUUACUUCCAUGAAAACGAAAAAUCUUAUCUCAAAUGUCACGUCAUGCUCUAUGACAGUGGUAUUUAACCUACUUUGUUCGCGUACCCCCAGACAUAAUUUCUCUUCAACUUUGUACCCCCAAAGUUGUUGGUGUAUAAUUCAAGUUAUAUGUAGUAUAUAUCUACAUCUGAAAUAAAUUACAUUACUGAUUAUUCAGUGUUUAUCAUAAAUUUCACGUACUUCCUAAGAUGUCUUCGUGUACCCCAGGUUGAAUACCACUGCUCUAUCGCAAUACUUACCGAAUCCCACAUUGUUCUAGACCACAAAAUUUCACUUCAAA